AUGACUUAUCAACGCAGGAAAGGGAUCUGCAUUUUUUUGCAGUAUGUUGUGUUUAUCUUAACAGCUAGUUUAUCUAUUCAAACAAACCCUGAAAAGCAAAAUGAUUCAAACGCCUGUUUUUGCAAGCUGAAUGGUGAAGUGGACGACUGCACUUGUAAGGUAGAAAACCUGGACACUUUGAACAAUGAGAAGAUAUUUCCAGUCCUCCAAAGCUUACUACAGAAAGAUUACUUUAGAUACUUCAAGGUAAAUCUGAAGAAACAAUGUCCGUUCUGGACUGAUGACAGCCGUUGUGCAAUGAAGGACUGUAGUGUAUCGACCUGUGAGGAGGACCAAAUACCUGAAGGACUGAAGAUUGGUGCUGAUAAAUACACUGCUGAGGCCCAAGAUGAACACACUUGUGACGAAGAAAGAGAGUUAGGGGCCUUGAAUUCAACUAUCAGUGCAGAGAGUAAAGCUGCAUUCCAGAACUGGACUAAACAUGACGACAAACUGCAGACAUUUUGUGAACUGGAUGAUGAUAAAUCUGCUGAUAUGGAAUAUGUUGACCUCCUGUUGAACCCAGAGCGUUACACUGGCUACAAGGGAGUGAGUCCUCACAGGAUCUGGAGGAGCAUUUACGAGGAAAACUGCUUCAAGCCCGAUGGAAAAUUUCGAUAUGGUUCUCAACAGUCUUUGGCUGAGAUGUGCCUUGAAAAGCGAGCAUUCUACCGUCUCAUUUCUGGCCUCCAUACCAGUAUAAACCUUCAUCUGUGUGCCAAGUAUCUCUUCCCAGCUACUCUGUAUAGUGCUCCCUCCUGGGGCCCCAACCUUAAGGAAUUCACCAGAAGGUUUGACCCUGAUGCUACCAAAGGUCGUGGACCACAAUACCUGAAAAACCUUUACUUUACCUACCUAGUGGAGUUGAGAGCUAUUGCAAAGGCAGCACCAUAUUUUGAACAGGAGGAAUUUUUCACUGGUGAUGCAGAAGGUGACGAGGAUGUGAAGAAAGGAAUCAAACAAUUCAUCAAAAUUGUGAAGUCAUUCCCAGACCAGUUUGAUGAGAGUAAAUUGUUUCAGGGAAUACCAAUGGAAGCUUCAAAACUCAAGGAGGAAUUCCGAAACCAUUUCCUCAACAUUUCCAGGAUCAUGGACUGUGUAGGCUGUGACAAGUGUAAACUCUGGGGAAAAGUUCAGAUACAAGGAAUGGGGACAGCACUGAAAAUUCUUUUUUCUGGAGAUUCUAUAGGACCUUUAUCCACUGUAACUGCACUACAGAAACAAGAUUUCCAACUUAGGAGAACUGAAAUUGUCUCCCUUUUCAAUGCAUUUGGCAGACUUUCCAGCAGUAUUAAAGAAAUUGAGAUGUUCAAAAGCAUGCUGCAGUGA